UAUUGCUUUAAAUAUGGAGGAAUUAUACUUUUCUAUAGCCUUUAUACGUCUACAGUUUUUCUAUUUUAUGCUCGCAAGCAUUAGAGUGGUCUCCAACUCUCCACACCCACCCACCCAUAUCUGUUUGUGUGCUGUCAUUCAGCAACAAGUUCGAAUUUCUAUGGAAUUUCUUCAUUUAGAUACUUCAAAUAUUGACGUUGACAGUGCAAACGUCAGUCAAUGUUUGACACUGACAAUGAGCUAGCAGUCCUGAUGUACUCACGAUACAAUUGUGCGAUGUUGAUAAUCAAACCUUAAUUAACUGUAGUAACUUGAAUUAUUUAAUGCAGACCUGUAUUCGGACAGUCACUGUAGGAGGUUUUAUACAAACCUCUAAGCUGAUUGGUAGACAUGGACGACGUGUCCAUGAAUCGCUAUGAAAAACAGCUGUAUUCUGUGUUCAAAACCUUCGACGUAGAUAACGAGGAAGCCUUAGACAGGUCAGCAGUUCACAAGCUUUGUGACGCAUUGCAGCUCGAAGAUCGCGGUGCGACCCUCGUGAAUACUCUAUUCGAGCGACGUUCCGGCCGCGUCACCUUCGCACAGUUCCGGAACGGGUUGCUGGCUGUGCUCGGUGCCUCAGGAGCCGAGCCAGUACGUGUGCUAACAGCACCGUCAGAUGCUGCGACUGAAGCAGCUCCACAUCACAGUGACGACGACUCCUCUGGCCGAGAAGUGGCCCCCAAAUUUGUAUUUGGAUCUAAAAAAUAUGGUCGCCGCUCUAGACCAACUCGUUCAGGAGCUGCAGCUGAUGAACCUACGAGUCCACGCUCCUCUUCAGCUUCACGAUUGGACACCGACGAUAAGAAGGCAAAACAACGAAUGAGGUGUAGGAGAAGUGCUUCAGCGAUGGAAACCCGGGGAGAUAAUGAAAAUGGUGAAAGCAGUCAACCCAAUGCUUCUUCAACAAAUGUGUUUGAACAUGACCGGCGCAUUGACCGUGAUGAAGCUUUCGCCUUGUGCCGUGAUCUGAACAUGGAUGGUAUAGACCAACAGCUUAUAGAGCGGAUAUUUAAUGACACUUCAGACACCACUGUAGGUGAGUUUUUUGAUCGACUUAAUGCUGAACUCACAACUACUAUGGAAGAGGCCUCACGCGAUGUUCCAUCUUCAGCAACAAUCACGGAUGCCAUUGCUGAUGUGGCCCUUGAUGAUGCAUCAUCUGGAUUACCCAGUGAUCUAGUACUCGAGGCUUGGGAGCGAGCAGGAGUGCAGCAACCACGUCGCUUGCUAACUGAGCUUGGCUUUAGCGCAGUUGCGUUGAGCCUAACUGACCUGGAACAUACCCUAGAUGAUGAAUUACGGGCUGUCAGUGAAUCGAGUGACGAGCCGCGCGAUGCUCGCACGCUUUUACUUUUGGCGGCGCUUACACUGAGCCGACUGCGGCUAGAGCUAACGCGACGUCGCGUAGAUGUGACUACUGCCGAGAGAGAUAAGCUGCGAGGGGACGUAGCCGAGGCUAACAGACAUGCGCGACUCCUGGCACAGGAAGUUGAUGAAAGUCAUGCUCGCAUCGAGGCCGAACUGAAGGCGAGUCUCCGUCGUGCUGAGGCGCGUCAUGCUGAAUCCAUGCGCCAAGCUGCCGCUGAACAUGCGGCCGAGCGAGAGCGGGCUGCGGUCGCAAGAGCACGCCUCGAAGCAGAAGUGACGAGACGUGCUGAACUGGAGGCGCGCUUACGGGGCGAAAUGGCUGGGCUGCGGGACCGCGCCGACGAGCUCGAGGGGCGCGUAGCGGCUGCAGAAGAGCGUUGCACCGAGACCGAGCGAGAACGAGCGCGGCUGGCGGGCGAGCUGCGCGCGGCGCUGGAGCAGGGCGCGGCGGCUCGCUCGUGCGACGUGCCCGCGGAGCUGGCGGAGCAGCUGAGCGAGCUGCGGCGCGACAACCAGCGCCUGCGCGACCGCAACGACGAGCUGUGCGCCGCGCUCGAGGCCAGUACUCGCCACGCGCCCGGCCCGCCCGAGCCCCGCAGCGGGGACCUCUCCACCGAAUUGGACUCACUCUUCACUCAUGACCACUCUGAGGAAUGUGAUUCUUCGCCUGUGAGUAUAGAGCAGAACAGGAUACUGAGUCAUGUGGAAGCAAUAACGAAACUGGGAGAGAUGUUCGACAGCGUGCUGGCGCUGCCCCCCGGCGCCGGCGACCGCGCGGCCUGCCAGCACUGCGCCGCCUCCGCCGCCGCCCUGCGCCGGCUGCGCGCCGCCGUCGCCGACCUCGGCGACACGCUGCUCUGCGCGCCCGAGCCCUGCCACCGCGCCGCGCAGACCGACCGCCAGCCCGACGCCGACUCGGACGCGCUGCGCCGGGACUUGCUCGACGCCGAGCGCCGACACGAUGACGAGAAAAGGAAACUCACCAACCUCGUGAAGGAGCUGGAGGCUAGUCUCGAGCAGAUGAAAGCGGAGUACGACAAGUGUGAGGAGUAUUGGAGCAACAAGCUGGAGGAGGAACGCGAGCUGUUCAGCGAAGAGCAGCGGCUGGGGGACGAGCGGCUGGGCGAGCUGGUCGCCAAGAUCUCAGAGUACGAGCGCCAGUUCGCGCCCGCCGCCGCGCUGCCCACUAUCGAUGAGCGCCACAGCCUCGAGGCGCAGUUCACGGACCUGGAGGAGGAGUUCGCUCGUUACCGCCGCGACAAGGAGGCCGAGCUCAGCGCGCGCGGCGCCGAGCUGGCGCGCCUCGCCGAGCGCCUGGCGGCGGCGGAGCGGCGGCGAGCCGCGCCCCCCGCUCCCCCCGCGCCGCCCGCCGCCCCGCCCGCCGAGGUGCGGGAGCUGCGCGCGCGCACGGCGCGGGCCGAGGCGGCGGCGCGGCGGCUGGCGGCGCGGCUGGCGGCCGCCGACCUGCUCGUCAAGGACCUCUACGUCGAGAACUGCCAGCUGGCGCACCGCCGCCCCCUGUGA